AUGGUCAGGUCUGCAACAGAGCAAAGCCCUGCUUUUUAUGCUGGUUGCAUUGCUUGGGCUGCUGGUUGUUGGUGGCUGAUUCGUAAUGGCCUGGGUGUUAUUGCCUUUGUGGGUACCAUUCUGGCUGCCAUUUUCACCGUGGGGUUGAGGGAGAAGUGGGAUGGAGAGACUACCGACAGUGCCUACAACGUUUUUAAUAGAGGAGGCAAAGCUAUCCUGGGCAGUCUGACGGGAGAUCAAGUCGAUGCACAAUUGAGAGGAGGGUUUCAGAAUGGUAGCAGCCAAAGUGGCCCCGUUGGCGACGCCCCGUUGGCCACUACAAAGAGUACUGCUACUACAACCCAAAAGCUGUCAGAAGGUGACAAAUUGAAGCGGCGAUCUGCUGCAGCGGCAGCAGCAGAGCGACGUUUGCAGCAGCAAGCGCAAGAAGCAGAAAAGUCCAAACAGAGCUAG